CUCCUGGAAAACCAGCGCCAGUCGCCUCUCGUCUUUUGCAUCGGUUCCGCUUCUCAUAUAGUCUCUGCCACCACAAUAGUUGGACUAUCACUCUUCUUCUUCUACUACGAUAACAAAAAAAGAGCGCGCGAGGUAAUUCAAGAUGAAGUUGUGGUGGAGUUUGAUUUUAGUAGGACUCGUUCUGUCGAUAAUGAUCACCACAGCAACCGCAGACCUGUGGGAAGAAAACGAUAAGGAAGUUCUUGUUCGAAUAGGUCGCGCCACCAAUACUCAACGCGGAUCCGGCAGCUCGACAUCGUGCAGAUAUUCCAAAGGUGAAUGGUCAGAAUGUGAUCCCAAGACCAAUACACGCGCUCGAACCCUCACUUUGAAAAAGGGAGACAAAGGAUGCGAACCAUCAAAAACCAUUUCGAAGAAAUGCAGAAAAGCUUGCCGAUAUGAAAGAGGCUCGUGGAUGGCAUGCGAGAAUCAAUGGAUGGCAAGAAUCGACACCCUGAAGGCGAACAGUGACACGUCCUGUGAAAAAUCGCGACGCGUCACGAAGAGGUGCAAACCUGAAACUAAUACAAAGAAAUCAAAAGGUGAUCGAUCGAACAAACAAAAAUCAGGUAAGCAGUAAAAUUUCUUGAGAGAAUCGUCGUUUCACUCACCGUUGACGGCGAUCAUCUUUCACAACGAACAAUGAAAUCAGAUCCUGCUGUUUUCUCAGUGUAAUAUUGAUUCAUCAUCCGACUGCAGAGAGAGGAAAGAAAACUCGAAAAUCAGAUAUUAUGCCCAUCCGCAGAAAGUUCAUAUCUUCACAUACAAAAACACACACAAAAAAAAGAACUUCUGUUCAAAGGCACCCACUUUGUACCUCGAAUUCCCCCCCGAGGACAAAGCUCUUCAAUUUAUCAUUGCUAAUCUCGUCGUUUUUAAAACGAUCGUCGUCAGUAUAAAAAAAAAGACACAAGAGUCUGAGGAUCGCUUCCAUUUUUUGUGGCCAAAAAAUAUAUAUUAAAAAUAUAUAUUGAUUAAUGAUUUA